CAGAGACUUAGUCUUUCUUUGUCUCACAAGAAGCUUGGUGUGAGAAAAUGGCUGACGUGAGAGAACUUGAUUCAGUGAAGAUAAUAGAGCAGUGUGAAGUUUCUCCGCCACCAAAUUCUCUUCCUUCAACCAUUCUUCCCCUAACUUUCUUUGAUAUUCCAUGGUUCUUCUGCAACUCCGUCCAACGUAUCUUCUUCUAUGAGUUUCCCCAUCCCACUCAAAACUUCCUCCAAACAACACUUCCUAUUCUCAAACACUCUCUUUCGCUCUCUCUCCAACACUUCUUCCCUUUUGCCUCCAAUCUCAUCGUUCCACCACAACUCCACCUCUCUCACAUCCGUUACCUUCAAGGUGACUCUCUCUCCUUCACCGUUGCAGAGUCCACCGCAGACUUUACUCUCCUCACAUCUCAUUCUCCUCAAGACGUUCGAAACUGGCACCCUCUUAUUCCCACCUUGCCUUCCCCACGUCUUGAGCAGGAUGACAUACGUGUGAUGCCUCUCAUGGCCAUUCAAGUCACGCUUUUUCCAAACUCUGGCUUCAGCAUCUGCCUUACCUUCAACCACAUUGCUGGGGAUGGUAAAUCACUUCAUCAUUUCAUCAAGUUUUGGGCUUCUCUUUGCAAGGCAAGAGGGGACUUCACUUCCGUUGAGACCUCCUUCUCUCUUCCAUCACACCAGAGAGACAAAGUUAAAGACCCAAAGGGGCUUAAGUUCAUUUACUUUCGAGAACUUGGACAUUUUCUGUCGAAAAGAAUGGAGUUCGCAGGGCCUGUGCGAGAUGUUAUCACUAACAGGGUUCGCUUCACUGUCCUACUCAGUCUUGAACAAGUUAGGAAACUAAAGAAAUGGGUCUCUCUUAAAAGUGCCAGCAACUAUUCGGGGUUAUUACACAUAUCAACCUUUGUUGUGGCAUGCUCUUUGAUCUGGGUUUGCAAGAACAGGUCGGAAGAAAAAAAAGCCAGUUUUUCUGAAGAGUGUGAUGAGCUUUGCCACUUAGUGUUUCUAGCAGAUUGUCGUGAGCGUUCUGAAUUUUCAUUAUCUUCAACGUACUUUGGAAAUUGUUUAACCUCUUACAAUGUGGCAAUAAAGAGGAGUGAGUUAGUGGGAGAAGAUGGGAUCGUUGCUGCGGCAAAUGCUAUUGGAAAGGAAAUUACAAAUUUGAAGAGUGAUCCUUUGAGAAAAGCUGAAACGUUUAUCUCAGAUUAUAAAGAGGUCACGAAACCUGGUAAAUCUGUGUUGGUUAUUGCAGGUUCACCAAAAUUGGGUGUGUACAAGACUGAUUUUGGUUGGGGAAAGCCUAAGAAAUGUGCAGCAGCUCAUAUUGAAUCGUCAAGAUCCGUUUCUCUUUCUGAUUGCAGAGACGAAAACGCAGGAAUUGAGAACAGUCUAAAUAUAGAAGAGAUUUCGAGAUUUACAGGAAAACCAUGGAAGUUGUAUACAGAAAACUUCUCCAGCCACAACUUCAUAGGUUUAGCUUUUCCUGUCUCUGGAAGAUUUUCCACAUAUCAAAUUCUCCCUAGUUAUUGGGGAAGUUGGAGAAGAAGAAACCAUUGUGGCAGAGAAAGCCUCUGGCUACAACCCUUUUACCUACAGAGAGAUCAAUCAAUUGCAUUACUAUAUGCUUUUAUUACUUAUAUACAAUCCAGUCUUCCAAACCUCAUCAUCUUCAGCUCCUUCCACAACCAAAUUCUCCACACUCAAAAAUUAAACAUUAUUUCCUAAAGAAAAUCAAGUGAUCCCUAGAAGGAACUUUAGCAAGAUGUUCAUGUUGUGUUUAUUGUUUGAAUAAUUCUUAAGUUGACCAGGUUACUUAAAAUUGAAGUAAUUUGAACUGAUAUACAAAGAUUAAGUGUGUUGCUUAUAUGAAAACUGUUGGUCCGAGAUAAAAGAAAACAAGAGUCCAGAAGUAAAAGAAAACAAGAGUCCAGAAGUAAAAGCAGAGAAGAGAAUAAAGAACAAAACAGAAGAGGCCAGAAGAAAGAUCUGAAAGAAUACUGUCUAUAACCAGAGACAAUUAACACUGUUGCAAAAAAUUAGUCUCUACCAACAAUUUGUUGUAAUAAUAUCAUAUUAUUGCAAAAGAAACGUUUCUGCAACGGUAAUAUUCCAACAGCCAAAUUCUUAAGUGCUGCAACGGCCAAAUUAUUUAUUGUUUUUUUAUUGUUUUUUAUUCAUUUUAUUCUUCCCUAUCUCUAUAAAUAGAGAACUCUUUCCCCAUUUCUAAACACACCAAAGUUCAUUCUUUCUCUUCUUCUCCUAAAAUUAUCCUGGGUAUAAAAUCUUUAUAGAGUUUCUUGCUAGUUUUGUGAUCCUCNAAUAUAAUUCGAGAAGUU